UACUUUGACAAAUUAGUCCGGCACAUACGUAUGAUCGGAGAAAUAAACACAACUUUAUUUACUGAGGCCGGAUGCAAAUUAUCUGUGUUCAAGUACGGAACGUGAUGACGCUGAAGGAUAUCAGUCACUUUUUGGCAAGAUGUGGAAAACUGUUUAGCUCGUUGAGGUGAUGUGCGAGAACUCUAGCGGUUCUCCAGAAAGUGAGAGUUCUCAGGAUGAUUGGCAGAAAUCUUUUGAUGAUCCAGAAACUUCCCAGUUUAAUGGUGAAAGCCCUGUUCAAAUCAGCGAGCGCACACGAGCGCUGCAUUGCAAUGCUUGGGAAGCUUUCUUAGAUAGAGAUGGCAGAGUGGUGAAUGAGUCUGCUCUCAGAAAAGCAGUAUUUAAAGGUGGUAUUGACUGCAAGAUAAGAAAGGAAGUCUGGAGUUUUUUGUUUGAGCUGUAUCCAUUUUCAUCAACGAGGAGGGAAAGAGAAGCCUUAGCUGCUGAAAAUAUAGCACAAUAUGGAGCACUGAAAAUGAGAUGGAAAGAGCUUUUAAAGAAUUACAAACCUCCAGUGGAUCCUGAUGUCCCUGAGUCAAUACCUCUCUAUCUGAGAGAAUGUAAGAACAAUCAAAUUAAUAACACUGUAAGAGAUGAUGUCACGGAUGGCUUAUCAAAAGAGGUAGUGGAUGAGGAGCAAAUGGUGUUUCUUAAUCUUACAGCAAAGUUUAAGGCAGAUCGCCAACCUAUAGAAAUCCAGAAAUUGUAUUCAUCGAUCAGAGUAAUUGAUAAAGAUGUGCCAAGGACAGACAGAGGACAAGCUUUCUUUGAGGGAAAAGGGAAUCAAAAUCUUCUUGUGCUACGAGAUAUUUUAAUAACAUACAGUGCAUAUCAUCAAGAUGUAGGAUAUGUUCAAGGAAUGAAUGAUGUUUUAAGUAGAUUUUUAAUUGUGCUGGGAUCAGAAGCACAGGCUUAUUGGUGUUUCACUAAUUAUAUGGAAACUGUCAAGAGAGACUUUCUAGAUGAUGGAAUGCUAGACAAAAUAACACAUGUCAGAUUACUACUAAAGAAAAUGGACGAGCAGCUUUUUAAUCAUUUUAAAGCAAACGGAAUGGAAGAUCUGCUAUUUGUUCACAGGUGGCUUGUUUUGACUUUUAAAAGAGAGUUCUCAUUCGAAGACGCGUUGACAAUGUUUGAAAUAAUCAGCAGUCAGCACCUUGAAUUGACAUCAAUGGAGGCUGAAAGAGAGCGAGAGAGACAGAGAGCUAAACAAUUAGAGAUAGAUGGAGGUGAAUUUCAUGCGCAGGUUGUGGAAAUGACAAACUAUUCGUUUGAGGUAUUUGUAUGUCUAGCUGUUUUGGAGGAAUACAGAAAAAGUUUAUUGAGGUGUUCAGAGGUUUCAUCCGUGUACAACACCAUUCACAGUUUAUCAAUGAAAAUGGACUUGAACAUUAUCCUCAUGAGAGCAGAGGAAUUAUUCUACAAAUACUGUCGGAAAUCUGUGGUUGACUGCUUUCAAGUGGUCGAUUUGGACACAAAAGAUGUAUCUUGAUACCAACAAGCAAGCCAGAGUAACUAGCGAAUAUUGCUAGGAGGAACGCUGUUAAACUUUAUGUCUAGAAUUGAUGACUUUUUUCAAUAGGAUGUUUGAAAUUCAAUUUUGCUUUCACAGUUUAAUUCACCUCUGCCUUCAAUGAUCAUUACUGUAACAGGUUUAACCUUUAAUCGCCAGAACACAUCACAAAAUUGUAAAACAGGAAUAUUUGUUUCUGUGGUAUUGCAGGAUAAAAGGUAAAGUUUAUGAUUCAUGAAAGCAAUAGUGUAAGAACCGUUCCGAGGCACAUCAACAGUUGUCGUAACUAGCUUUUGCGUGCACUCUGAUUUUGCUUGGUUAACAUUUUAAAAUAGGCAGAGUUACAGUAUGAACUGUCUUUUCCGAGAUAUUUGCUUUAUUUUUAAUUUUCCUGUGUGGGAACAUAAGAUAGCGAGUCAGCUUACUUGUAAGUUGAAUGACCAAAAAUAGCGAUCAAACAAAAUAUAACUUAUAUAUUUUUUUUAUUUUUAGGUACAAGAAAAACGAACUCAGGCGAAAUUUGUAUUAUCUAAUUUAUAAAUGGGCGGCAUAGGCUCAACAUAAAACCAGCGGGAUAUUUUUACCAUUAAUUAAAUCUCUCAGACCUUUGCUUGGAUUCUGGAAGUAGAAACAUGUCUUGUCAUGUAAUCCAAUUUAGCUAGGUCUUCCAUCAGCCAAAUGCUUUCGAAAAUUGAUAAAGAUUAUUGGUCAGAGUAUAUUAAAAAUUCGAGCCUAAAGAUAUAUGUUAUUAAGAUAUAGCACACCAAAGAGACUACAAACGAAUUUUUUAGUAAUUUUAUGAUAUGUAAUAGUCUUUCUUUCCAAGGAGCAAAAGUGGAAAAUAAAGUUUUUUAGGUAAAUAAAAUUUUGUACUUUCAGUCUUCUUGAAAUGAAAACGCCUUUCUUUUGAUGCAUUUUCACUAAUCAAUCGCACGAAAACGCCCGAGAACGCUGAUGGAGUCGAUAGUAAAAUAAUCCAUUUUUCCAUUAUUUUUCGUAACCCUUUUUAAUGGUCUCCGUUUUCACCUGUCACACUUGAAACGGAGUGUUCUGAAAACGAUGCGUUUUCAAAAUAAACCAUUUUUGAAACUUUU